AUGGAUAGCACCGAACCAACCUUCAUGAACCCCAUCAUCCGUGGCUUCAAUCCCGAUCCCACAGUCUGCGUCGUUGCCGGCACUACCCAAGAACCAACCCGGUUCUUUCUGAGUACUUCAACUUUCGACUUUACGCCUUCCUGUCCGAUCUACACAUCCACCGACCUCCUGAACUGGAGACUCAUUGGGCACGCACUAACUCGUCCCUCCCAAAUUAACCUCCGCACUGUCGAGCCCGGCGCCGGAUCAUGGGCUUCAACACUGCGCUAUCGACCCUCUGAGAAGCGCUUUUAUCUUACUACCGGCGUAUUUCACAGGUAUAGACCCACCUCUGAUGAAAGGAUCUUCCCACGAGGCUUCUAUGUCUGGACAGACAAUAUCUUCGACGACACCAGGUGGAGCGACCCUGUGUAUUUCGACAACCCAGGCUUCGACCAGGACUUGUUCUGGGACCCGAAUCACAAUGACGAAGUAUACCUAAGCACUACGGUGCGGGUAUCGAAUCGUGAUCCAGCAUCCAGAUUAAAAGACUUCGCAAUUCACAUCUCCGAAAUCGAUAUCAAGACCGGACAGACCCUGACAAUCCCUAAGGUCAUCAGGCAGAGUAAGUUCGGCAUCGCAGAAGGAUCGCACAUCCUCUACAAAGCGCCUUACUACUAUUUGUUCGUCGCAGAAGGUGGGACCGAAGCCGGGCACCAAGAGUGGGUGUUUCGCAGCAAGGACGGUGUGUACGGCCCGUGGGACUCGCAGGGGAAGCCGCUGUGGUAUAACGGGCCAGAUGAGGAGGUACAGCGCACAGGGCACGCUGAUAUCUUCGAAGAUGGGUAUGGGCGGUGGUGGGGCGUCUUCCUGGGGGUUCGGCCAAUCAAGGAUGCGAACGGGAAAUGGUUGGAGCCGCCUUUAGGGAGAGAGACCUUUCUUGUGACGGUGGAGUGGAUCAAUGGAUGGCCUGUCUUUAACGAAGGUGAGAAUGUUAGACUGGUAACGAAGGGUAGGGACCCCAUUACGCAGAGUAUCGAAGAGAGGCGGGUGACUGAAGGAGAAGUGAAGUGGACGGCGGACCUCAGCGGGAAAGACCUGGAGUUGGGUUGGUAUCAGAAGAACACACCGCUGAAGCAAUGCUACUCGCUCAGAGAGCGUCCGGGGUGGCUCCGCCUGUGGGGAAAUUGCUACAACCUUUCUUCGCCGGAAGCACCGUCUAUGCUGCUCCGGAAGCAAACUGAGUACUGCGAGUCUUUUCACGCCACGCUGGACUUCGAACCCACCAUCUUAGGCUAUGAAGCUGGCAUUGUGGCAUAUUGGAGUCCGUUCUCCUACGCCACCAUCGGCGUCGGAACAGUUCAACACGGUGACAAUUACUUCCGGACCAUCGUAUGUCGGAAACCCGAAGGUCAGGCGGGCGCUUUUAAAGUGCUCCAUCCUAUGAUCCAAGAUAGCCCUCUCUGCUCAAGUCAUACCGUGAGACUGUGCGCUGAAGCGUGUAAUGGGACGUACAAACUAUAUGCGAAAGACGAAGACAAGGCCGAAGUCCAGAGCUUCACUUUCACAGCGGAAGAGCUCGCUGUAACCCCGCCCGUUGGCAUGUCGUUUACUGGCACGAUGCUUGGCGUGUAUUCAUUUGGCAACAGUGAGCCGGUGUUGGAACCCGCAGAUUUCACAGAUAUACAUGUGCGAGAGGGAAGGGUAAGGGAGCUGGAAGGUGCGAAGUGGAUCUGGUGA